UGCACUGCCCGUUUAGAUCCUCGCGCUAAUUAUGGCCCCGGUGUAGGUUCGGUGACGCGGAGUCUUUAGGCCACGAGGGAACACACUCGCGCGUGGGUCAGAUUGGAGCGAGAGUCGUAGGCAUCGGCUGGGUUGACAGGACGGAGUUUCCUUCUUGGGGUUUCCUACUUUCCCUGUCAACGGUUUCCCCAUGUGUGGCAUCUUUAUAGAUCAUGGAAAACACCCAGGUUAUUGACUGGGAUGCUGAAGAAGAGGAGACAGAAAUAUCCAAUGGGUCCCUGGGGUAUAGCUUGGAGCCUAUAGGGCGGCUACGUCUCUUCAGUAGUGCUCAUGGACCAGAAAGAGAUUUCCCUCUCUACCUUGGCAAGAAUGUAGUUGGCAGAAGCCCUGACUGCUCUGUGACCCUGCCUUUUCCAUCCAUCUCUAAACAGCAUGCUGUGAUUGAGAUCUCUGCUUACAACAAAGCCCCUAUCCUCCAGGAUUGUGGGAGCCUCAAUGGCACUCAGCUCGUAAUGCCCCCUAAGGUCCUAACCCCUGGAGUGAGCCAUCGUCUGAAGGACCAGGAAUUAAUUCUGUUUGCAGACUUUCCCUGCCAAUACCGUCGCCUGGAUGUUCCUCCACCUUUGGUCUCUCGGGGAUUUCUAACUAUAGAAGGGACCCCCAGAACACAGGGAGAAUCCCAGACCUCCCGAGUUUUGCUGGCUGAGGAUUCAGAGGAGGAAGUGGAUUUUCCUUCUGGAAGGUGUGUGGCAAAUGGAUCAAGAAAUCCAACAUCCCCAUCAGCAACAGUUGUUCCGGAGAGUGAUGAAGAGGCAUCUUCUCCAGCCCCGAGAGUCCCUGGGCUGUCUCUGCCCUUUGAUGUGGGCAGUGACACAGAUGAAGAGCAGGGUCAGCAGCCGGCAGUGGGGGGUUCCUCUUCAGCUAGGGCAGGUGCUGCUGCUGCAGAGGCUGAGCAGCCUGGAGUUAAAGGAAUGACAGCUGGCAUCCAGCUGGGACAGGCGCAGCCUACUGAGCCAAAGUUCAAGGACACGAAAGUCAAGAGUGAGGCUGGCAAUGGAGCAGCUCAGGUUGGGUCAGUUCUGGAGAGGAGCCUCACUCUUGGGGAGGACAGUGACACAGAUGUGGAAGGAGAGGGGGUUCCUAUGACCCCAUGUGUAGGUCCUGGGAAGAAGAAGCAAGCCCUGCUUGGAGUUGGUACAGGGGACCCUGGAGCACCUGGAGUGGGACAUGUGCAGGGCAGCCCAGCCUCAGCUGUGGAGGAGGGCAGGGCGCCAGUGGCUGUCCCUUCCGAGACAAACCACACACCCAUGGUGAUUGACAGCGACACAGACGAGGAUGGUGAAGUCUCAGCAGCACUCACCUUGGCCCAUCUGAAAGAGAGGGGAAUUACUUUGUGGAGCAGAGACUCGGGCAUGGAAGACGUCAAGUCCCAACCCCAGGUCCUUGUAGAGCGAAGCCAGAGUGCCUCUGGAAGAGACAGUGACACAGACGUGGAGGAGGGAAAGAGAGAAAUGGUCCCUGACAGCCCCAUGGACACAGAGAGCCAGCCUCCCCAUAGAGCCAGAGAUGGAGGUGAGGAUGUGGACAUGAACUCCCCUGGUGGCCACCUAGAGGGAAAUCAGGCCUCCUCUGCCACAGUAGACAACAAUGCUACACAAGUGGAGGAGGAAGUCCCGCCAGAGCCAGCUGUUACCCUUGGGGAGAAGCACCAGCUGCCUCUAGAGGAAGCCCAGCCUUCUGAGGAGGCCUGGGAAGCAGCUGUGGGGGAAGGCUCCUCUUCAGCAGUGGCAGAUGUAAGAAAGAGCCAGCAGCUGGUAGCAGAAUAUGCUGGGAGAGAGUGUGCCACAGCUGUUUCUGAGGCGGAGAGCACUCUUGAGGUGGGGGCCCAAAGCAGGUCACCUACUGCACCAGUGGAGCAGGUGGUGGUGUAUACAGGUACUCGAGGGGAUCCCACACAGCCACAGAGAGAGGGAGCACAAAUGGGCAGAACCAAGACUGCCAAAGACUGCUCUGACGAAUCUGACGAUCUGUGCCUUCCAGCUACCCAGUGCUUUGUAGAAAGGGAAAGCCAGAGCUCAGCAGCUCAGAGUUUGGAAGAUGAGCCUACCCAGGGCUUCCUAUGUACUCUGCCCCAAGAGCCUGGGCCUUCCCAUCUUAGCCUUCAGACUCCAGGUGCAGGUGCCCUGGAUGUGCCUUGGGAGGUUUUGGCUACACAGCCAUUUUGUCUGAGAGAACCUGAGGCCUCGGAACCCCAGCUCAUCGCCACCCACCUUGAAGCUCAUGGAUCUCCUCCAUCUCUACCUAGUGCACCACCAGGACACCAGCAUUUGGUUCACACAGAGCUGUCGGGAGUUCAAGGCAGAGAGAUACAAACUAUGGAGAAAGCCAUGGGUAUACCAAAGGAAACAGCAGACAGGGUGACCCCUGAGAGAGAGCCAUUGGAAAGGAAAGUCAGGGAAAGAGCAUCAGACAGUGAGAGAGAGGAUGUGAUGGGGGAGGAACUACCUCAGGUGACAGAGGACAGAGAGCCAAAGACGGUGCUGGUUAGAGACGGACAGGGACAGGAGUCUAACAAGGCGAAGGGUGGGGAUCCUGAAGGAAAUAGGGAGAGUUUGAAGGUAGAAAUGGAGAUGUCCAAAGACACACAGAAGAGAGAGAGAGAAAUGGGGAAACCAGAACCAGAGAGAGAGUGGGAGCCAGCUGGUUUAGAAGUGAAUCUAGAUAGAGGGGUGGCUGAGGGAGGGAGCCAUGAUCAGAAAGAGCAGAUUGCCAGUCCAACACUAAAGCCUGGACUUGGCAUGGGGGACCUUGAGGGACUGACAUCAGCCCCACCAGUCUGUGGGACCCAGGGAGAUGGAGGAAAGGGAGACCCCGUGAGCCCCGGGAGGCAGCAGAGAGGCCGCUUGAGUUGCGAGAUGAUGUCUGCUGGAAAGGCUUCCGGGGGUGAUCCAGAACCCCCAGCCCAUUGCCUGCUUUCUCCAGUGCCUGAAGCUUCAGCUCCACCUCAGAGUCUCCUCACCUCUCAGAGCCCAAAGCAGUCUCCACCUCCACCUUUGACGUCUUCCCCUUCUGAGCCACACCUUCCUGAGAGUCUUCACACAGAGCCUCAUGUCAGGCCUCGGCGGUCCUCCAGGAUGACCCCCUCAUCCUCUGCUGCCCUUAAGCCUUACACUGCCUGCUCCACAGACCUGCCUGCUGCCCCCAGACCCACAUCUCAGGUCAUUCGGAACAGGGCAAAUAAGUCCUCUGCCAGGACCCCAGAAGUGAUUGUCCCUAUAGACUCUGAGCUCCAGCCUCCCGCCUCCACAGAACAACCUGCCAUCCCCAGACCCACAUCUCAGGUCAUUCAGGGCAGCACAGAUAGUUCCUUUGAUAAAACACCUGAAUCCGUUCUCACAGGUCCCGAAAUCCAGCCUCCCACCACAGAACAGCCUGUUACCCCAAACCCUACACCUCGGGCCACUCGGGGCAGGUCAAGUAGGUCUUCUGUCAAGACCCCAGAACUAAAUGUUCCCACUAGCUCUGAACUCCAGCCUCCCACCUCCACAGAACAAGCUGUCAUACCUAAACCCAUAUCUCGGGCCACCCGGGGCAGGGCACGUAAGUCUCCUAUCAGGACCCCAGAACCAGUUGUCCCCACUGUUUCUGAAAUUCAGCCUCCCACCUCCACAGAACAAGCUGUCAUACCUAAACCCACAUCUCGGGCCUCCCGGGGCAGGCCACGUAAGUCUAUCAGGACCCCAGAACCAGUUGUCCCCACCGGUCCCGAACUCCAGCCUGUCAUCUCCACAGAAGAGCCUGUCACCCCUAAUCUCACAUCUCAGUCCUCUCAGGGCAGGUCACGUAAGUCUGUCAGGACCCCAAUUGUCCCCACUGGUCCUGAAUUCCAGCCUGCCAUCUCCACAGAACAGCCUGUCACUCCUGAGCUCUCAUCUCAGGGAAGGGCACGUAGGUCUUCUGUCAGAACUGAAGCCAGCAUCUCCACAGCCCCUGAACUUAAGCCUUUCACAUCUAGAAAACCUCCUGCCCCCAAGCCCACAGCUCUGGGCACUCGGGGAAGGACAUGUAAGCCCUCCAUUGAGGAGUGUAAAUCAGUUGAACCAGUAGCCCCUAAUUUUGAUCCUCCCAUCUCCACAGACCAUCUUGUUACCCCUGAGGUGACAGAUCAGAGCAUAACACUAAAGUCUUCACCACUAAGUGCUUCCACAGUGUCCACUACCCCUGAACUGGAACCUGGUCCCCCGGAGCCCGUUCCUCAAGGCAGUCGCCGAAGGAGGCGCAAGGCUGUGGGGAAACAGGGCUCCCAAAUAGUUCCCAUUGACCAUGAGCCUUACUCUGCACCCUCUAAACCCGAAUCCCAGCCUUCAACCAACCAAAGUUCAGGGACAUUAGAAGAAGCUGAGUUGAUUACAGUUGCUCCUGAGGCUGCCAUUGCUCAGGUUCCAGAGACCCCCCCUCACAUUCCUCUGAUGCAAAAGGAAGCAGCUGGGAGAUCAGGGCUCACUCCCAAACCCCAGCCUGAGGCCUCUCGAGUCCACAAGGAGCCCUCCACUACCACAGACUCACCACUUCAGAAACGUCCCCGAAGACAAGUUCCCCAGAUGACCAUCGUCCCCAAGGAAGAAGAUCCUCCAGAAAUGCCAGUGAAGGAAGAGCCUCAGGAGAGAGCAAUUCCGGUACCAGGCAAGAGAAAGAGGGGCCGUGCAGAAGAUGAGACCCAGGGAAACCCAAGUCGAAGCCGGCGGGCUAAACCUAACCAAGAAGCAGUAGCUCCCAAGGUCCUCUUCACAGGAGUCGUGGAUUCUCGUGGAGAGCGUGCAGUCCUGGCUCUGGGAGGCAGUCUGGCCAGCUCAGUAAAUGAGGCCUCUCACCUGGUCACCGAUCGCAUCCGCAGGACAGUCAAGUUCUUGUGUGCUCUGGGGAAGGGUAUCCCCAUCCUCUCCCUGAACUGGCUGUAUCAGUCCAGAAAGGCUGGUCACUUCUUGCCGCCUGAUGACUACUUGGUGACUGAUCCUGAACAAGAGAAGAAUUUUAGCUUCAGCCUUCGGGAUGCCCUGAGCCGGGCUCGGGAACGGAAACUACUGGAGGGCUAUGAGAUUCAUGUGACCCCUCGCGUGCAGCCACCUCCAGCUCAGAUGGCAGAGAUCAUUGGCUGCUGUGGAGGCACCGUCCUGCCCAGCAUGCCCCAUUCCUACAAGCCUCAGCGAGUUGUCGUGACCUGCACUGAAGACCUUCCUCGCUGUGCUGUCCCCUCUCGCCUGGGGCUGCCCCUCCUCUCUUCUGAGUUCCUCCUGACUGGAGUGCUGAAGCAGGAAGCCACACCAGAGGCCUUUGUCCUCUCCAAUUUAGAAAUGUUAUCUUCCUAAAAAAUACAAAUCUACCAGCAAACACUCCUAGAAAACACUUGGAAAGGAAACAUAAAUACACAAUUAAGACCCAGCAAGGUAGUCCACACCUUUAAUCUGAGCAUUUGAGAGGCAGAGGUAGGCAGAUUUUUGUGAGUUCCAGGCCAGCCAGGGCUACAUAAUAAGAUCCUUUUUCAAAAAACAAACAAACAAACAAAAAACCCUCAGGCCUUCACAAAGACCUAAGAUAUUGGGAAUGUAUGGGUAAGGCCACAGAGCUUUUGAAAAAGAAAAAAAUAAAAAAGGACUUUUUACCUAAGAUGUCCAGUUUUAAAUUGUCCAAACCCAAGCUGGGGGUAGUUGUGUGGCAGAGCACUUGCCAUCGUGGUGAGGGCCCUGCUUCAGUCAGCAGCCUGCAGCUGCUCUGGUGAAACUGCUGUUCCAGGCCCAGCACCCUGGUGGGCCCCAUCUUUGGAAGCUGUCACUUCCCUUUUCUUCCCAGGAUUCUUGUUUGUUUUGUUUUGUUUUAGACAGGGUUUCACUGUAGCUUUUGGAGCCUGUCCUGGAACUAGUUCUUGUAGACCAGGCUGGCCUCGAACUCACGGACAUCCCCCUGCCUCCCGAGUGCUGGAAUUAAAGGCGUGUGCCACCAGCGCCUGGCUCUUCCCAGGAUUCUUAGUUUACUAAGUAAAGCAGCUCCCAGGAGUGCCUGACUGAGAAGAUGCAGGUGGCUCACGGCAUGUUUUCUGGUCUGUGACUGGCCCGGUUAGAAAGGGUGUUCAUGUGCUUUUGCAAUGCUUGCUGUUAGCUGUGGUCGUCUCUGUAGGUCGGCGCUCACGCAGCCUGCCUGAUGGCGAGUUUCUGGUGUGGCAACACAGACAGUCUGAACUUGCACUCCUUUACCAGCAUCGAUUUAGAGCAAAUUAUAUUUGUUUUUAAGAGUUGGCCACUUUCCAAGAUGUGGAGAGCAUAGAACUCUUGGGCACUGCUAGUAUUUGGUUUAGCCUCCGCAAUGAACAGUUGAAAAGUUCCUUUAAAGUUGAGGGCAAAGUUAGUCACUCGCGCAGUUCCUGUAAUCCCACUACUUAGGAGGUUUGAAGCAGGAAGUUCACAAAUUCCAGUUCAGACUGGGCUACAGAGUAAAACCCCUGCCUUGAAAAGUUUUUUUUUUUUUUUAUGUUUUUUUGUGGUUAGGUUUCAUAAUUUUUACGGUAGGUCAGUAUUCAUUUGACCUACCUACUUACCAUAUGACCAGCAAUGCCGUUCUUUCUCCUGUUGGGAAAUUCUAUACUUGACCUCUAAUCUGAACAGUCCAGGUAGAGGCCAGUGGGAUCAGAAGUUCAAGGUCUGAGAGCCCACUCUAAAACUACAAGACUCAACAGUGGAAAACAGGCACUUGAUAAAUGUUUUGGGUUUUUUUGGGUGGGGCUUUUUUUUCUUUAUGCUUGAUAAGCAAUGAUUUUGCCGCUAUGCCUCAUUCCCAGUUCCCUCUUACUUUUCAUAAUAGAUAAAUACAGAAAUAGUAUAGAUGACUGGGUAGUGUUAACACACACCUUUUAUUACAGCACUUGGGAGGCAGAGGCAGGUAGAUCCCUGAGUUCGAGGCCAGCCUGGUCUACAGAGCUAGUUCCAAGACAGCCAAAGAGGGCUGUUAGAGAAACCCUGUAUUGAAAAACCAAAAAGAGAAACUGUAGAUGUUUGUCCAGCAAAGAUGAAACAUGCUGUGUGUACAAAAAGGAAUGCUCAGACAUGAAGUAAAAUCCCAUAUCUGAUGAGUGUCAAGAACACCCUAAGUAAAAGAAGCAGACAUUUGAUUCUACCUGUGUGAUAAUAUCCAGGAUGGGUGAAUGCACCAAGUUAAGAGUACAUCAAUGCAUCCCAGACUCCAAGGACGGGGGAGUUUCACUGUGGGAGCCAGAAAGAGGAAGUAGUUGUACAUAGUGCAGAAUAUUAAAUGCUACUGUACUAAAUGCUUCUUUGCUACAUGAAUUUCAUUUCAAUAAAAACAUAGUUGCUAGCUUUGUA